CCGCAAGCGAGUCGCGCUGGAGCGGCUGUGGCUGUUACCGUCUCCGUUAGUGGAGGAGGGGGGCGUCGGCUAAGCGCAGGGAUGGCGGCCGGGGCGUCCUCGUCUUCUGGCGGCCGGGGCGGGCUGCAGCCGCUCAAAGCCACCGUCCCGUUCCAGCUGCAGCAGCGGCGAGGCGGAGACGGGGGCCGGGCAGCCAGCGUUCCAUGUGCUGCUGGUCCUACUGAGAAGGCCUGCCGAAACAGACCUCCCAGGGUGAGACGUACUUCUUCCUUGGACACCGUCCUCGGGUCAUACCUCCUGGGUCAGUGGCCUCGGGAUGCAGAAGGAGCUGCUGUAUCACAUAUGAGCGACAAAUCUACACAGACUCCUGUAUCCUGGCAUGAAGCAGAAGUGGGGAAAGCCACCCUGCAUAAGCGUUCUGCCUCCUGGGGCAGCAUGGAUCAUCGCAGAGAGAUUGCCAAACUCAAGCAGCAGCUUCAGCGAACAAAGCUCAGCGGCAGGAAUGGCAGAGAGAAGGAACGGAGCUCCCCUGUUCAGGGCGACCAUAGUGUGCUCCCACUGGUUAAGGUCUCCCCGCCUGCACCUUUUCCAUCCUCAACUGCCGGGUCAUUCAACCACUUGAACAACAGCCUUGAUGGUCUCAGCCGGGAGUUGGAAGAGGUGUUUGUAAAGGAGCAAGGAGACGAAGAACUUCUCAGAAUUCUGGACGUCCCUGAUGGCCACAGGGCCCCAGCACCUCUCCAGAAGGGCACUGGAGAUUGCUUGCUGCCACAACUGGAGCACAGCAGUAGCAGCUGCAGCAGCCUCUCUCUCUCCCCAUCCCCCUCCACUGCUCCAGGAUGGUCCCCGCACACUCUUGCUCGAGCUGCUACGGAAGAUCUUUCCUCUGGUGCCUUAGAAGCACCAAUACUAGAAACCAAGGGGAAAGAAAAUGGCAACAGUUCUCCAGUUCUUGUUUUUGCCUUGUCUCCUCGUCCCAACCACACCUACGUGUUCAAGAGGGAACCUCCAGAGGGCUGCGAAAAAAUCCGUGCUUCUGAGGAAGUGGUACCACAAAGCUCCAAUGAGACUUUCCUGCCUUCCUGUCCUGAUAAGAACAAAGUCCACUUCAACCCAACCGGCUCUGCCUUCUGCCGGUUCAGCCUGGUGAAGCCUCUUAUUCCCAAUGUAGAUUUCCUUUUCAGAGACUUCUCUUCCUCUCCCAGCUCUGUGCCACUAGGCACAUGCUCAUGCCAGCCCACAUCCAAGGUCCCAAUCCUUGCCUUACGGAAAGACUCGAGAGGUGAUGACUUCAGUGACACCCCUCAGUCACCUUCAUUGGAGUCCUGGAAGCGGAACCAGGCGGAAGACACUAUCCUCUUCCACAGCUCCCUGGUUGUCUGAAGCUCAAUGGGCAGGGCAGAGGCAAAUAAAUUGUUGGUCCCUCUGUGCACUUGGGCUGUGGAGAAAGAGUGCCUUGGGAACUGGGAAACUGAGCACCUCCAGGAUACAUGAGCGCUCCUUGCAGCAGACUUAAAAGUGCAGAUUGCCAGUGGAUGCUCUGCAGCCCCAAUAGGUUUCCCCCCCUUGAACUCCUGGUACUUUAAAGCACUUCCUUUCCUUAUGAGUUAAUGGCAAUUUCCUUCUGCUGUUUUGAUGUCCAAAGAGCACACACCAUUAUCCACGGGGUUCUUUCACCCUUCUGUUCGGUUGCUGAGUGUGACAGAUGCUCUCGCAUGGUUCUGAAUGCUGCCAAGGAUAUUGCACUGGUGUCACACAGAAUAUGGAAAAGAGUUAAUGUGUGGCCAGAGAAGCGGAUGUAUACUGCAACAGCAGAUGACCACUGAGCAAGAGUUUAGCUGGGAAACCUGUAAUGCUUCCUACAAAGCAAGUUCUGUAGAGUGUGCAGGAUGGGAAACACAAGUCCUAAAAAUCUGCAAAAUGCUCUGCUGAUGAUCGUAAUGUACUCAGCUAGAAGUUGAAUGAACAGGCAUUCAACUUGUGUGCCUUUCAGAUAGAUUUCUUAUUUAUGUUAUGGAGGAAAAACAAGGGGAGUGUUCCAUCUACAUGGUUCCCAAGUGGGUCUCUGAAGAUUUUCCUUGUUCAGAAACCUGCAAAACAAUGCCUGAAGUUCUUGGGUAGAAUGCCGCUGUUAGUGGAUUUCUUCCUUUCAAUCAUAACUGACCAGUCCAGACUUACACUACUAUUCUAGCCAGUGAGGUUGGAGAAUCUGCACAGCUUUAACCCCACUCUUAAUGCACAGAAGCUGAGCACUCCAAAGAUCCCAGGUUCACUUAUACAAACAUCCUCUUCCAUUUCCCCCCACCCACCCCCCACUCCAUGGAAAGCCUUAAACCUGGUGAUGCCUUGAUUCUAAAGUGUAUUGGAAAUGAUUUAUCUUGUUGCUAAGCCUCAGGAUUGCAUUGGAAAGGUUUCUUCAAACCUGAGGCAGAAAUUAUAUUCUUUUCAAGACAGUAUUUUUGCAGCUACUUUUGAAGUUUUGUAUAUUAAUGUAUCACAGAAGCUUAUGGAAGAAUGUUAGCCUGAGAGGUUCACUGACUUGAUUUGUUCAGAGGUUUUUGCAGAUCUUGGUUUUAAACCAAAAAUAAAAUUUCAA